CUUCAGGUUGGGACAAGCAGAAGAGGCUGCGAUGGCAGGCGGAGAAACCCCAAUGCAGAGCCGUCCAGAAUUCUGGCAAGUUGAUGACCAGAUGGAUAACCACAAGGAAAGCCAAGACAAACCUCUGGAAAACUACAUUCGUAGUCAAGGAAACACUAAAGGAUGAAAGUGGCCAAGAAUUCAGAACAUGCAGAAAAAUCAUUUAUCUGAGCCCAGACUUUGUUUCUAUAAGACAAAGACUCCCUAAAUAUUAUUCAUGGGGAAGGUGUUCAAAACAUAAUUUAAACUUUCUUAGUCAAAAUAGAAGCUAUGUAAGAAAGAAAGAUGAUGAAUGUAACGCAUAUUGGAAAUUAUGCUUCCAUUCCAAUCUUGAUAAAGCUCAACCUGGAGAGAAAUUCUUUGAGCCUAGUCAAUGUGGAAAAGCCCUCCAUCAUAAGCAAGGCCUUAAUAAAAGGGAGAGACUUCUAACUGGGGAGACAUUCUAUGAAUGUUCUGAAUGUGGAAAAGUGUUUAUCCAGAAAGCAAACCUUGUUGUACAUCAGAGAAUUCACACAGGAGAGAAACCUUAUGAAUGCUGUGAAUGUGCAAAAGCCUUCAGCCAGAAGUCAACCCUCGUUGCACAUCAGAGAACUCAUACAGGGGAGAAACCCUAUGAAUGCAAUGAAUGUGGGAAAACCUUUAUCCAGAAGGCACCAUUGAUAAAACAUCAGAGAAUUCAUACAGGAGAGAAACCCUAUGAAUGCAGUGACUGCAGGAAAGCCUUCAGUAGGAAGUCAACUCUCAUUAAACAUCAAAGAAUUCAUACAAGGGAGAAACCUUAUGAAUGUAAUGAAUGUGGGAAAGCCUUCAGUGUGAAAUCAACUCUCAUUGUACAUCAUAGAACUCAUACAGGAGAGAAACCCUAUGAAUGCAGAGAAGGUGGCAAGGCCUUCAGUGGGAAGACAUCUCAUUAAACAUCAGAGAAGUCAUUCAGGCGAUAAACCCUAAGAAUAAACUUUCAAGUGAGAUAACUUAAUCCAUGAAUUAUAUAUUGUUAUACUAUGCAGCAAAGAACUCAUUGAGUAACCAUGUAAAUCUAAUGAACAUCAGAAAGCAUUCAGCCUUUAUUAGAUCUAAGAAAACUCAAAGUUAUAAUAGUUAAAGCAUACAAUAAAUGUGAUCAAUCCUUCACCCAGGAGUUUUAAUACAUUGUACAUCAAAGAAUUUAUGAAAGGUCAAAACCAUGAAUAUAGUGAAAGUUGGAAAGCCUUUGGAAAGAAGUUAAAUGUCAUUUUAUAUUAGUGUUCUUAUGUUUAGGAGAUACUAUCAAUUUAAUGAGUUGGAGAACCCCAAUUUCCUAGAAAUUGUGAGAAAAAUCAAGUUCCAGUUGUCAUCAUACAUUUUAUAGAAAAGAUCACAGAGGUUACAAUCAAGCACUCAAUUUUAAGUUAUAUACAUAUUCACUCUAGAAUAAAGUUUUUGAAGUAUAAAUACAUUGAAUAAUCAGGAGGACAGAGGAAGAAACAUUUUAAUCCUUGCUAGGCCAAACUCCCAGAUUAAUCUGUAAAGAGAGAGUCCCUAAAUAGAUUAGUUUGAGAGAGGACGAGCCAGCAGGAUCCUCAAACAAAAGGAACCCAAGCAGGAGACCUUACACAUGCAUUCUAUCAAUGCAGAAGUGCAAACGUCUUAAUGGAGAAAGGUUUUAUCCUUCUGGGAUAUUUUUUAAGAUAGUGGUCACAAUUGAUUAUAUUCUCUUAAUAAGAAGUAAUUAUAUUAUGGUGGGACAAUAGUAGGUUCAGGAUUUCCAGGAAAUAUCCUAUAAGAACAGUAUUAAUUGAAAUAAAAAUUAGAAGCAACUUGAAUAUCCAAUGAUAGGUGAUUGAAUAACUGUUGAUCUAUAAAUUGCAAUAAUAUGCUGCCAUUAAUUAUCCAUUAUUUUGAUUUUAAGGAUUUUGGAAAGUGUUCAUGGUAAACUGUAAAGAUUAUAAAACUACUUUAUGAUCUGUGUUGUAAAAUGACGUAUACAAUAAGGAUCUGCACCAUUAUGAUUUCAGUAUCUCUGGGUUGUGGGAAUAUAAGCAAAUUUUUGAUUAGUAAAA